AUGCAAAUUCUCUCAACUCUAUACACCGCGCUCGCACUGGCAUCCCUUGCAAAUGCCUCCCUAUUUGCCGAACUACAACCUCAGCGGGUCCUUGCGCCUGUGCCGACGGAGACUGCGAUUCCUCCGCCAAUCUGGCAGCUCUGCGGCAAGACCUCAGAGCAUACAUUGCAGGCAAAUGCUAGUGGUGUCACGAUUGUACCGGAAAGCCCCGUCGUUGGCGAGAAUCUCACGGUUACCAUCCAAGGUUACUUGUCACAUACAGUAGAUUCUGGUUCGAUUGAUGUGGAUUUGAGGUUGAUGAAGUUCAUCAAGCUGAAGAAGAACUUUGACCUCUGUGAUGAACUGGACUCUGAUCUGUUCGUAGAGGGGGAGUGUCCCCUACAGGAAGGACCCGUGACGCUUCGGGCUGUCGCACAUAUUCCGGAUGAUGUUCCCAAGGUCACUGUUGAUGGUGAUAUCAUUCUUACCGAUCAGGAUGACAAUGUCAUUACAUGCGUACGCAUCGCUUUGAAGCUUAAAGGCAAAGAUGAAUGA